UAUACCACCUUCAUCAUCUCAAGUCCACGACGCCAACAGUGGUGCCGUUUUGCUUCAUCGCCGCACCUUCACCGCACAGACCAAAACGGAUCACAAUUUUCUCAAACUUGCAAUCUUCUGAGAUCUGAGAACCACAAUUUUGAUUCCACAGGGUAAAUAAAUGAUGGAGGGAAAGAGAAUUGCGAACAAGAUGUGGAUGGUUUUGAUGUGUUUGAUGCUGAGCUUCGUUGCUCGCAUUGAAUCGCUCUCUGUCACUGUGCACGAGGUUGAGUGCAUCUACGAGUAUGUGCUCUAUGAGGGUGACACCGUUUCCGGGAACUUCGUUGUUGUUGACCAUGACAUUUUCUGGGGCUCCGAUCACCCCGGCAUUGAUCUCACGGUGACAUCUCCUGCAGGUAAUACUGUCCACGACAUCAAGGGAACCUCUGGCGACAAGUUUCAAUUUAAAGCCCCAGCUUCUGGGAUGUACAAAUUUUGUUUUCAUAACCCAUACUCGACACCUGAGACUGUUUCCUUCUACAUCCAUGUUGGUCAUAUUCCCAAUGAGCAUAACCUUGCCAAAGAUGAGCAUCUGGACCCAAUUAAUGUUAAAAUUGCUGAGCUCAGGGAGGCACUAGAGUCUGUUACAGCUGAACAAAAGUACUUGAAAGCUCGUGAUACUAGGCAUCGCCAUACAAAUGAGAGCACACGCUCGCGAGUCAUAUUCUACACUGUCGGAGAGUACCUUUUGUUGGCUGCUGUUAGCACACUGCAAGUCAUAUACAUUAGGCGCCUUUUCAGCAAGUCAGUGGCCUACAACCGUGUUUGAGACUUAGAGUCUCCUGAUGAUUAACGUUAUGCUUUCUUUCUUUAGCAACAGAUGUGCAACAAUAUAUUCCUUUUCUUUUCAACGGACACAUUACUCAUGUUUUUAUACCCAACAGGAUUUUUAAUUUCCUUAGUUUGAAGUUCAGUGUACUAUGACAGAAAUUAAAUUAAACCAUGUCGCAGCAACACUAUUAUUAGCA